AUGGCUUCGUCGCUCAAAUACACACUCCACCACUAUGGCGAAGAGAACGAGCUCCAGCGUCUGGGGGUGUGGGAGGUAGACAUAGCCGACAAGAGCAAAUACUGGAUCAUCUACAUCCACGGCGGCGCAUGGCGCGACCCGCGCAUCAAGCACGAGAGCUUCGCGCCCAGCAUAGACGCCGUGCUAGCCGACGACCCAGACCCCAACACCCACAGGAGCAAUAGCACGAUCAACCGCACAGCCGCCUUCGCAUCCCUCGACUACCGCCUCAGCCCGCACCCAGACUUCCCACAGGAUCCGGCCACGACGCCGCCGGCGCAGUAUCCCGGCGUGCGGCACCCGGACCACCUGGACGACGUGCCCGCCGCGCUGGCGUUCCUGCAGCGCCGCUACGGCUUUGGCGUCCGCUACGUGCUUGUCGGGCAUUCGGCCGGUGCAUGUAUGGCGCUGCAGCUGCUCGGCACGGCUCCGUUGCCGGCGUCUUCGUCAGACGGCUUGAGUGAUGAUGAUGAUAACGAUGAUGACGGCAAACCGCAUCUCAUUCUACCCCAGGCCAUCGUCUGCUUCGAGGGCAUCUACGACUUCGCGGGCCUCAACGCGCGCUUCGACGGUGCCUACGCCGGGUUUAUGUCGGGCGCGUUCGGGAACCCGGAGGACUGGAAUGCGGCGGCGCCGGUUACGCUUACCGGAAAUUAUCGCGAUAGGUGGCAGGGCGGAGGCAAAGAUGAAAGUGGAGGCGGGGAUGGGGAUGGGGGCGGAGGCAAUAGGGUAGCCCUGCUGGCGUGGUCGCCUGACGAUACGCUGGUCGACGAGCCCGAGGUGGACGCCAUGGCGCGGCGGCUCGGGGCCGACGGGGUGGCGGGAGUCGUGGUGAUGAAGGAUCUUGAGGGUGAUCAUGAUGAGAUCUGGGAGAAGGGGGAUGGCGUGGCGAGGAUGAUGCGGGUGGUAUUUGGGAAGUUGGUGUGA